AUGCAUCUCAGCAACGUCCUCCUCCACGCUUUGGUGUCAGCUCCUGUUUGGGCUCACCCCGAACGGCUUACUGAAGAGAAAGCAAAGGCAGAAGCCCAUUUGAUCGGCCGGAGUACGAACAAGUGCGCAGCCGCUAUUGAAAAGCGCAAAGCGGAGAUCUUUGAAUCUCGUGCAAACCGUCUGCGGGCGCGCCGUGUUGAAAACGGACACGUCGAUGCGCGAGGCUUACUGCAGCGCGAUUCGCUACAUUACACCACGAUUCAGAACGAUACUUGCGUGCUGGCCCCUGACACUGUUUGGGGACCUUACGGGGUUGACGGAGAAAUGGUUCGCCAUGACCUUCGCGAAGAGCAAGGGGGUAUUGACUUCUACCUUGACAUCGGAGUCAUUGACAUCGAAACCUGUGAGCCUCUGAAAGGGACCGCACUAACAAUUUGGAACUGCAAUGCCACGGGUUCUUACUCGUCGUUCACCGGAAUCGACCCUGAUACCUCCGAGCUUCUUAGUGGAUGGACCAAGAGAAACGAUGGUACUACGGACGAUGAGACCUUUUUGCGGGGAAUCCAAGUAACCGAUGACAACGGAAUUGUCGAAUUUUUGACCAAAUUCCCUGGCUAUUAUAUUACUCGUACUACACACAUUCACGUCACUGCACAGACAGAUAUCACCAACGGUACCUCUUACUCCGCCAGCAAGGUCCAACAUAUCGGCCAGUUGUUCUUCGAGGAAGACCUACUGAACCAAGUAUACGCCCUCGAUCCGUACAGCGCACAUCUUUCCACUUUGAACCGUACCACCAAUGCCGAGGAUUCACUGUACUCCGACGCCAGUUCGGACGGUUACAGCGCUGUGAUCAGCGUCACCCAAUUGACUGAUAACAUCCAAGACGGUCUGGUUGGAUACAUCACCCUGGGUGUGAACUCGUCUGCUGCCGGCCUUGCCAUCACUGGUGGUGGCGUCAACCCCCAGGGCUGGCUUCCUACUGUCAGUGUGGAUUCAAGCAAAUAUGCUCAGGCAACUGCGGUAGAUAGAGCCGAUGGAUACCAGUCAUAA